CUCUCCAAAACCAAAAAUUUUCAAUCCAAUCACCAUCAAUGGCUCCUUCUCCUCCCCCUUGUUUCACAUCAUCUCUCCACACCCUCCUCGGCCCGCCCGAAUGCCACGACCCGCCGCCUCCCCAAGCCCGGCCCGCUCCCGCCCCCGCCGACCCCUUCAUUGACCUGAUGGUUGCCAACUUCAACGGAGACGGCGACUUGCCUCGGAAGGGCUACACAGAAAACAACUCGGCCACGUUCCUGUCGACGGGCAACCCGUGCCUAGACUUCUUCUUCCACGUGGUCCCUGACACCCCGCCCGAGUCCCUGACCGAGAGGCUCGAGUCAGCCUGGGACCAUGACCCGCUCACCGCCCUCAAGCUCGUGUGCAACCUCCGGGGCGUGCGCGGGACCGGGAAGUCGGACAAAGAAGGGUUCCACGCUGCGGCAAGGUGGCUAUUCAAGAACCACCCCUGGACCCUGGCCUGCAACGUUGGGGCCUUCGCAGAGUUCGGGUACUUCAAGGACUUGCCCGAGAUCCUCUACCGCCUCCUCGAGGGCCCUGACAUCAGGGCGAAGCAGAAGAGCGAGUGGCAAGAGCGGAAAGGCACCAAAAGUAGGCGGCAAUUGGAAUCAGUUCCGGGGUUCAGCUGCCGCGAUAAAUCAAGAAGAAAGAAGGGGAGAAAUAGCUCGAGAACGGCCACAGCUUCAGUGCCCAAGGAAGUGAGGGUCGCAUACGCGGCGGCACGUGACCGGGAGCAGAAGCAGAAGGCGAGUGAGCUGAGGAACAAGAAGAGGAUCGCCAUGGCCAGGAAGCUCAUGGAGCGGUAUAAGCGCGAUGGGGACUUCCGGUUCCUCCACGAUAAGGUGUCUUGGCACUUCGCUCAUUGCCUGAUGGCCGACCUGGAGUUCCUGAAAUCUGGGGAGAUCAAUAAGAUUAGCCUCGCCGCCAAGUGGUGCCCAUCGCUCGACUCGUCCUUUGACCUCGUGACUCUGCUCUGUGAGAGCAUUGCGAAGCGGGUCUUCCCACGGGAGCGGUUUCCCGAGUACCAGGGCCUAGAGGAGGCGCACUACGCAUACAGGGUGCGGGAUCGGCUCAGGAAGGACGCCCUUGUGCCACUCCGGCGGGUCCUGGAGCUGCCGGAAGUGUACAUGAGCGCGGGGCGGUGGGGCGACGUCCCGUACAACCGGGUCGCCUCUGUGGCCAUGAAACUCCACAAGGACAAGUUCCUGAAGCACGACCGCGAGCGGUUCCAAACCUACCUCGCCGACGUGAAGUCCGGGAAGGCCACAAUCGCUGCCGGUGCUCUGCUUCCUCACGAAAUUGUAGCCUCGCUCUCCGACCCUGACACGGGCGAGGUCGCAGAGCUUCAGUGGAAGCGCAUGGUGGAGGAUCUAUCCAAGGUGGGGAAGUUGGAGAACUGCAUCGCUGUGUGCGACGUCUCGGGGAGCAUGAGCGGUACACCGAUGGAGGUGUCGGUGGCGCUGGGGCUGUUGGUGUCGGAGCUUAGCCAGGAGCCAUGGAAGGGCAAGGUGAUCACAUUCAGCGAGUUUCCUCAGCUUCACGCGAUACAAGGAGAGGACUUGCGCUCCAAGACCGAAUUCAUCGAAACGAUGGAGUGGGGUGCCAACACCGACUUCCAGGCUGUAUUCGACAGGAUUCUAGAGGUGGCCACCGCGGGGAAGCUGAGGGCUGAGGAGAUGGUCCGGAAGGUGUUCGUGUUCAGCGACAUGGAGUUCGACCAGGCUUCCUGGAACCCGUGGGAGACGGACUACGAGGCGAUCACGAGGAAGUUUGGGGAGCGUGGGUAUGGGGCGGCGGUGCCGCAGAUCGUGUUCUGGAACCUGAGGGACUCGAGGUCGACGCCGGUGGCGGUGAAGCAGGCGGGGGUGGCGCUGGUGAGCGGGUUCUCGAAGAACCUGAUGAAGAUGUUCCUGGAAGACGAGGGGAACAUAAGCCCCCUGGCCAUCAUGGAGGCCGCCAUCUCGGGCGAGGAGUACCAGGACCUCGUCGUGGUCGAUUGAUUGAAUCAGUUCUUUCCUUUGUAUAUUUAGGACUCUUAGGAAAGAACGAAACGAAUGC